AAAGAAGGGAAGGGGGAAAAACGAAGGGCAGGACUUGGAUGAGUGGCCAAUGCCUCCAAGCCCCGAACGCGAAAUACAACCUCGCCUUCCUUCUCCGUUUUCCUCUGCAAACGCUUUCUUUCCGAUCUAAUCCAGCGAAGACCUCUAUUGUUCUGACUCAAAAGGCAUCGAAUUUCUUACAAUCAUACGUCCACCCUUCUGAAGCAUAUCAGAUCCACGACAUCCUGUUCUCUUUGAUCUGCGUCUUUUCGAAAUAAUCUUUCCGGAUCCACCAUGGAUUUCAUGAAGGUCUUCGAUCAAACUGUUCGAGAAAUAAAGAGAGAGGUGAAUCUGAAGGUACUCAAAGUUCCCGAAAUCGAACAGAAGGUUUUGGAUGCUACUGAUAAUGAGCCCUGGGGUCCUCAUGGUUCUGCUCUCGCUGAGAUUGCACAGGCUACCAAAAAAUUUACUGAAUGUCAAAUGGUCAUGAAUGUCCUUUGGACAAGAUUGGGUGAGACUGGAAAGGAUUGGCGUUAUGUAUAUAAGGCACUAGCUGUUAUAGAGUAUUUGGUGGCACAUGGAUCUGAACGUGCUGUCGAUGACAUUGUGGAACAUACUUUUCAAAUCUCUGCACUUUCUAGUUUUGAAUAUGUUGAGCCCAGUGGAAAAGAUGUGGGACUCAAUGUCAGGAAGAAAGCAGAAAACGUUGUAGUCCUUCUGAAUAAUAGAGAGAAGAUACAAGAGGUCAGAAAUAAGGCUGCUGCAAACCGUGACAAGUACUUCGGACUUUCUUCUACCGGAAUUACAUACAAGUCUGGGUCAGCCUCAUUUAGCACUGGUAGCUAUCAAAGCCAUAGCAGUGAUAAAUAUGGAGGUUUUGGUUCAAGUGACAGUGACAGGCAUAGGGAUAGUUAUAGAGACAAGGCUUACUAUGAAGAAGAAAAAACUGAGAAUUACAACCCUGCAAAAUCAAGCCAUGGGCACUCAAGUGACAAACAAGAAAGCUCCUACAAGAAGGGUACACGCACUAUCAGCCAAAAUAAGGAUAGUGUGCCAUCAAGAGUACCCAAGUCAUCUAGUAAUAUAAGUUCAGCUCACUCUCAAAGUUCAAGUUCAAAGGUGAACAACGAUGAUGACGAUUUUGAUGAUUUUGAUCCAAGAGGAACAUCUGCUAAGGUUUCAGCUGGAAGCUCUAAUCAGGUGGAUCUUUUUGGACAAGAUCUGAUUGGUGACCUCCUGGAUGCUCCUCCAACUUCUGUCCCCGCUGGAAAGCCUGCAGCAAGCAGUGUGUCAGAAAUUGAUCUCUUUGCUGAUGCAGCAUUUGUAUCAGCAGAGCCUCAUGUGGACCAAGGCGCUAGUUCUCAAUCACAGAACGAGGUUGAUCUGUUUGCUUCCCAACCGGCUGGUGCACCCUCAGUUACUGCAACAGUUGACUUGCUUUGUGUUUCUGACCCAGUUGUUCAACCGGACAGCAAGUUACAAAGCCCUGCUUUUAAAAAUAAUAGCACUGUUGAUCCUUUUGCUGCCGUUCCUCUUAAUAAUUUUGAUGGAUCUGAUCUUUUUGGUGAAUUUACUUCUCGUUCUGAUUCAGUAUCUGAACAGUCCUCCAAAGUUCCUAUCAGCGGCGGCAGCCAAGAUAAAAUGAAUGGUAAACCCUUUGCAGAGUCUAAAAUUCCACCUAAAAAGGAUGCUUUCCAGGUGAAGUCUGGUAUCUGGGCUGAUUCGCUGAGCCGUGGGUUGAUUGAUCUCAAUAUAUCUGCUUCCAAGAAAGUAUCCCUAACUGAUGUUGGGAUUGUGGGCGGAUUGAGUGAUGGAUCAGAUGAAAAGGAAAAAGGUCCUCCACAAUCAUAUUAUAUGGGAAGAGCUAUGGGAUCUGGAUCCGGUCUUGGUAUGUCUGGAUUCACUCCUUCACAGCCGGCUGGUGGGGACGACAUGUUCGCUAGUUUGAGCGGCCAGCAAUAUCAGUUUAGUGGGUUUCAAAAGUGAACUUUUCAGAUAUUUAUCUCUUGCCAUUCCAUCACAUCUUUAUUUCAUGUUAUGUGUGUUGGCAUUACGGAAGCUGUUGAGCUCUUUAGCAUGCUGGAUUUCGUUUAUAUAAAGAUUAGUCGCAGUUUGUGUCUGCAUUGUCUAUGCCGUUGAUUCCAAAGUCCUGUGCAGUGGCCAAAGUUGUGACACUGCUCCGAGUUGUAGAAUAUCCGUGCUCUUGACGUUGCUGUUUGCAAAAGCCAUUGAAUACUGAAAAUAAAAAUACCCUGUUAAGGCCUCA